GCCGUCAUUUCUGCCGUUGCUUACAUGGGCUCCACCAACAGUGUUUCAUAUAUUUUAUAAGCAGUGAAAAACCAUGUCUACUGAAGAAGAAGAAGAAGAAGAAGAAGAAGAAGAAGAAGAAGAAAAACAAAACAAAAAACAACCAACCAACCAAACAAAUAAAUAAUAAAUUAAAUUAAGUUAAUCAAUAGGAAAUGCAUAAAGCUUGCGUGACAUUGUCCGUGUUCUUUAAGAACAAAGUCGACUCAUCAGCUAACUGUGAUGUUACAAUUUCUUUAAGCUUACGAGUUACAUAGAUAUCUAUACAUCUAUGAUGAGUUAUUGUUUGUACCUUUAAGGACAGACUUCCGUUAUUUUCUUGGGAAAGAGCCUAUUGAAAUCAUCUACUUCCGUUCUGUUGGAAGACCGUGAAUCACGGGGCGAAUCAGAAACGUCAGCAGGCGGAACAAUGGUGGGCCUCUUGACUAUUAUGAUUUCCCAAUACUGAAUUUGUAGUGCUGAACUGGUCAAGGCUGCAUUUGGAGACAUCUGCAUUUGGAGAUAUUUCAGGGGGCAAUAUCAAGAUUUGCAUCUGUGCAUAAUGUGGAAUAAUCAUUUGGAAUCUCUAUGGAAUGGAUUUUUAACUUUUUUUUUUAACUUUUAAAGUCCACAAAACUGUGGAUUUUGUAAGUGCAAGAAACAUUUGAAUUGGAGCUUUUCCUCAAAAAUGGAUCAGCAAGCGAGUGGAAUGGAGGAGCCCAGUAAGCACCCUAAAAAGAAAUCAAAUGAGGAUGAUAGCAAGAACAAAAAGUUGAACAUGCAUAUUAAAACAUUGGCUGAUGACAUGAUUGACAGGAUUACAAGCUUUCGAAAGCAAGGCAUAAAGAGGGAGAAGCCCUUUAUUCAGCACCCAACAGACCCCAUCUCCACGCAUAUUGAACUACCUAUACCACAGCCCCUUUUUGAUGAACGUUCACUGGACCUUUCUGAAAAAGAGAUUGUUGACUUGUUUGAAAAGAUGAUGGAGGAUAUGAACCUGAAUGAAGACCGUAAAGCCCCUCUUCGUGAAAAGGACCUGAGCACAAAACGAGAGAUGGUUGUCCAGUACAUUUCUGCUACAGCUAAAUCUAUAACUGGGAGCAAACUUGCGGGUGGGCUGAGGAACAGCAAGCAUGAGUCUACACUGUCAUCACAGGAAUAUGUGCAUGAGCUGCGCUCUGGCAUUACUGAGGAGAAGUUGCUCAACUGCCUUGAGUCUCUGCGUGUGUCUCUAACUAGCAAUCCUGUCAGCUGGGUGAAUAAUUUUGGCCAUGAGGGUCUUGGACUGCUUUUGGAUGUACUAGAGAAACUUCUUGACAAGAAACAACAAGAAGUCAUUGACAAGAAGAAUCAACACAAACUCAUCCAGUGCCUCAAAGCCUUCAUGAACAAUAAGUACGGCCUGCAAAGGAUAUUAGGAGAUGUGCGAAGCCUUCUCCUUCUAGCCAGGGCUAUUGAUCCCAAGCAGCCAAAUAUGAUGACAGAGAUUGUGAAAAUCCUCUCUGCAGUCUGCAUUAUCGGAGAAGAUAAUAUUCUGGAUAAGAUCCUGGAAGCCAUGAGUAUUGCAGCCGAGCGAAAUAACAGAGAGAGAUUUGCUUCAAUAGUAGAGGGUCUGGAGAACCAUGAAGCUCAACAGCUUCAGACAGCCUGCAUGCAAUUAAUCAAUGCCCUAGUCACAUCUCCGGAUGAUCUGGACUUCAGAAUCCAUUUACGGAAUGAGUUCCUGCGCUGUGGCUUAAAGAAGAUCCUGCCAGAGCUGAAGGAAACAGAAGAAUUAGACAUUCAGCUGAAGGUGUUCAAUGAGAAUAAGGAGGAGGAUUCUAUUGAGCUGUCUCAUCGGCUGGAUGACAUGCGUACAGAGAUGGAUGAUAUGGACGAGGUUUACCAUAUUCUGUCCAACAUGGUGAAAGAUACAGACUCAGAGACCUAUUUCCUAUCUAUUCUUCAGCACUUGCUGCUCAUCAGGAAUGACUACUAUAUCAGACCUCAAUACUACAAGGUUAUUGAAGAGUGUGUGGCUCAAAUUGUUCUUCACCGUAGUGGAAUGGACCCUGACUUUGGUUACAGAGAGAGACUAGAAGUAGACUUCACCCAACUCAUUGAUCAGUGUGUAGAUAAGGCCAAAUUGGAGGAGAGUGAACAUAGAGCAGCUGAAUUCUCCAAAAAGUUUGAUGAGGAGUUUAGUGCACGACAGGAAGCACAAGCUGAGCUGCAGAAACAGGAGGAGAAAAUCAAAGAGUUGGAGGGGAAGAUCACCUGUUUACAGAGUCAGGUUGCAGUUGGUGGUGCUCAAUGUAUUCCAAAGCCACCAGAAGGUAUUACAUGUCUGCAACUGCCACCUCCUCCUCCCCCUCCACCAGGAGCACCUCCUCCACCUCCUCCUCCUCUUCCAGCUGGUAUGGGACCUCCUCAACCACCACCAGCACCACCACCCCCUCCUACUGCCGGAGUUCUUGCACCUCCUCUACCUUUCCUUGCCCCAGGACUCCCUUCUGUACCAGCUGUCCAAAAAUUACCCUAUGGCCUACAGCCAAAGAAAAUCUAUAAACCUGACACAGCCAUGAAGAGGGCCAACUGGUGCAAGAUAGUGCCUCAGGAGAUGACAGAGAAUUGCUUUUGGAUCAAAGUCAAAGAGGAGAAAUUUGAGAACCCUGACCUUUUUGCCCAACUUUCACUUACUUUUUCAUCCAAAGCCAGAGUGAAAAAGGAUGCAGAGGAAACAGAAAAAAGAAUGGCACAAUUUAAGAAAAAAGCGAAAGAGUUGAGAAUCCUUGAUGCCAAAACGGCCCAAAAUCUGUCCAUUUUUCUUGGAUCAUUUCGAAUUCCUUAUGGUGAAAUAAGGGGUGCGAUCUUGGAGGUGGAUGAGGAGAAGCUUAGUGAUGCGUUAAUACAGAAUCUUAUCAAGAAUCUUCCUGAACAGAAGGAACUGAAUUCUCUGGCUGAGCUGAAGAGUGAGUACGAAGAACUCUGCGAGUCAGAACAGUUUGGCAUUGUGAUGAGCUCAGUGAAACUACUGCGCCCUCGUCUGACUGGAAUUCUGUUCAAGCUGACAUUCGAGGAGCAAGUAAACAAUAUCCGUCCUGACAUCAUGAAUGUCACUUUUGCAUGUGAGGAAGUAAAAAAGAGUGAGGGCUUGUGCAAGUUUCUGGAAUUGGUACUGCUUGUGGGAAACUACAUGAAUGCCGGCACCAGAAAUGCUCAAACUUUUGGAUUUAACAUCAGUUUCCUCUGCAAGCUACGGGACACAAAGUCAUCAGAGCAAAAUACAACACUCAUGCAUUUUUUGGCUGAAAAGUGUGAGGAGAGAUAUCCAGAGAUUCUGAAGUUUCCUGACGAGCUAGGACAUGUGGAAAAUGCCAGCAAAGUGUCAGCUCAGAUCCUCAAAGCUACAUUGGACUCAAUGGAACGUCAGAUCCAGAGGUUGGAAAAUGACAUCCAGAACUUUCCCAAGACAGAUGACAAACAGGAUAAGUUUGUGGAAAAAAUGUCAGGUUUCUCCAAAUAUUCACGAGAGCAAUAUGAAAAGCUCUCCACCAUGCACAAGAACAUGCAAAAGCUCUAUGAAAGCCUGGGAAGCUACUUUGCAUUUGACCCACACUCCAUUAGCAUUGAAGACUUUUUUGGGGACCUGAGUAACUUCCGCACCCACUUUAUGGAAGCUGUGAAGGAGAACUAUAAAAAGAGGGAGAUGGAGGAGAAGAUAAAGCGAGCCAGGGUGGCAAAGGAGAAAGCUGAACGAGAAAAGCAAGAACAGCAGCAGAAAAAAAAGCAGCUAAUUGACAUAAACAAAGACGGAGAUGAGACAGGUGUGAUGGACAGCUUGAUGGAAGCUCUGCAGUCUGGUGCAGCCUUCCGUGACCGCAGGAAAAGAACCCCACGGAGUGACAACCGUCACACUGGUUUGGAAAGAUCACGCUCACGGCAUAACACAAACACUACAGGCCGAUGAUCACCUGUACGUCUGUGCAUGUCAGCCAAGUGCCAAAGACCUACUUUAGGAGUGGGUGCACAUUGGAGGCAAAAUUUAUUGAUAGUGAAGAUUUUUGUGUGCUUUUCAGCAUGGCAGGAUCCUCACAACAUGUACAAACACAACAAUUGAAGACUACAGACAAACAGCAUCACAGAAUUGGUACUAUUAUGCUGCCUUUUGUGCGGAAUGUGUGUAUUCCUUUUAUUUUCUCAGCGUGUUAAACAAAAUCAGUAACAUAUUUUAAAAUUCCUUCCAUAUUUUUGUCAUUCUCCUGAUUGUCAUUUUUCAUCUGGUGCAUCCCAUAAUCCUAGUUGUAAUUAUUACAUAAUUGUUUGGGUAUGUUCAACUUGUAGACAUCUCUCUAACAUCUCUUUGGCAUGUCUGGAUUUCUCUCUCUUUUAUAACACAAAAUUGUAGUUUAUAAAAUUAUCUUUAUGUAUACAAAACAAUCAUUGCAAAUGAUUCAAAUUCUCUCUCUACCAUUAUAUAAAAUUUGUAUUGGUAUUUUGUUUUCUCACUACUAGAAUUCUAUCUGCCAUUUGUCACAGAGGUAUACACAGAACUGUUUAUUAUUAUUAUUAUUUUAUUAUUAUUAUUAUUAUUUUUGCCACACCCAAUACAGUGCAUUAGGAAAGUAUUCACAGCACUUCACUUUUUCCACAUUUUGUUAUGUUACAGCCUUAUUCCAAAAUGGAUUAAAUUUAUUAUUUUCCUCAAAAUUCUACAAACAAUACCCCAUUAACGACAACAUGAAAGAAGUUUGUUAGAAAUCUUUGCAAAUUUUUUUUUUUUUUAAAUCCUGUACAUAAGUAUUCACUGCUCUAUACUUUGCUGAAGCAAUUACAGCCUCAAGUCUUUUUGAGUAUGAUGCUACAAGCUUGGCACCCCUAAUUUUGGGAAGUUUCUCCCAUUCUUCUUUGCAGGACCUCUUAACCUCCAUCAGGUUGGAUGGGAGCGUCUGUGCACAGCCAUUUCCAGAUCUCUCCACAGAUGUUCAAACAGGUUCAGGUAUGGGCUCUGACUGGGUCAAUCAAGACAUUCACAGAGUUGUCCCAAAGCCUCUCUUUUGUUAUCUUGGCUGUGUGCUUAGAGUCAUUGUCCUGUUAGAAGAUCUGAGGUCCAGAGCACUCUGGAGCAGGUUUUUAUCAAGGAUAUCCCUGUAAAUUGCUUCCCCUAAACCUGAUUAGUCUACUGAAAAACAUCCCCACAGCAUGAUGCCAGGUGAUGAGUGGUGCCUGCUUUCUUCCAGACAUGACAAUUCCUAUUCAGGCCAAAGAGUUCAAUCUUUGUUUCAUUACACCAGAGAAUUUUGUUUAUCAUUGUCUGAGAGUCCUUCAGGCCACCAUGUGCAUGCUAAGAGUGGGUUCCAUCAAGCCAAUCUACCAUACAGUUUGUGCUCUGACAUGCACAUAUAAGGGUUAUUCCCAUCCUAAAGAAACCUGCUCUGGAUCCAUCAGACAUCAGUAACUACAGACCGGUAUCACUUCUCUCAUUUCUUUCAAAAAUUCUUGAACGCAUUGUCUAUAAUCAACUGUCUGUCU